AUGAAGGCUAAUUCCCAGAGGGUGCUAGACAUCACAAAAUAUGGAGCAUGGCCAAACGCAGACAUCAGCCAGGCGUUGAUGAAAGCAUGGAACGACGCAAUAGCGUCACCAACGGCAAGCCAAAUCCUGAUCCCAAAAGGGGAUUGGAUAUUGAGCCAAGCCCGCAUGUCGGGGCCCAGCAAGGCCCCGAUCACCCUUAUGGUGAAAGGCAACCUGAAAGCCUACCAGGACCCGUGGAAACUCCCUGUGAAGACCCAAGAAUGGAUAACCAUUAACUACGUAAACUUCCUUACCAUCACGGGCGGGGGCAUGCUCGACGGGCAGGGUUGGGAAGCCUGGAAAUUGAACGAUUGUCACAAAAACAAGAACUGCCCGAAGCUCCCCAUCAACCUGAGCUUGAACUUCAUCAACAACUCCAUCAUCCAGGACAUCACCACCAAGGACAGCAAAUACUUCCACGUCAACUGCAUCUCCAGCCGCAACGUCACCUUCCAGCGCUUCACUAUCUCCGCCCCUGAUGAAAGCCCUAACACCGAUGGCAUCCACAUAGCCCGAGGAAACAACAUCCGUGUUCUCGAUUCCGUCAUCAAGACGGGAGACGACUGCAUCUCGUUUGGGGACGAACUCAGCGACGUCCUCGUCAAGAACGUGCAGUGCGGGCCAGGCCAUGGCAUCAGCAUCGGCAGUUUGGGGAAUAACGUGAAGGAGAAGGACAUAAGAGGGAUAACCGUGGAGAAGUGCACCUUCACCGGCACCGAGAAUGGGGUCAGGAUCAAGACAUGGCCCUCAGCCCCGGCCACACUCACCAUCUCCGACCUCCACUUCAUCGACCUCACCAUGGUUAAUGUUGGAAACCCCAUUGUGUUUGAUCAGAAGUACUGCCCACAUAACCUAUGUGACCCGAGUAACCCCUCCCUUAUCAAGAUCAGCAACGUCGAGAUCAACAACAUCAGGGGCACCAGCUCCAGCCCCGAUGUCCUCAGCUUCAUAUGCAGCAAAGCCAAGCCAUGCGACAACAUCAGGAUAGGGCUCAUUGAUCUCAAAUACAAUGGAAAUAAGGCGAGCACAACUAAAUGUGAAAACAUUAAGUCCAGCUUUUUCUCCACGCAGAGUCCCCGCGUCUGCGCCUAA